AGUAAUAGUUUGAUAAACAGUUUGGAUGCUGCAAUGGCUUUUUUACAAGUACAACCCAAAUAUUUAUCACUGUUGGUUGGAAGAAACUCUACCUACCAUGUAAAUAAUGCAGUUAGGAAACAAGUCUGCAGUACGGCAACCUUAAUUCACCACUGGCGACUAGGCAUAGCCUCUUAUCAAAAACCUCAAGUUUUAAUGAAGAAACUCCACCCGAAGAAUGAGGCAUUUGAUUUGAUAAAAUACAGGUCAUGCUUGAACUCACAGUUCAUUAGUCACAGCCGUCAGACAUUUUCAACAAAUCAGCAGCUAUCUGGGAAGCACCAGAGCAGCCAGCCCACCAUCUGUAAAUCAGAAGGAGAGUUACCCACCUUGGAGGGGAAAACUCUUGCUUUCAGCAUGUGGACACUCGGCUUUGGAGCCAUGGGUGCUGCAAUUGCUGGCAUAAUUCUUGCCAACACAGACUUUUUUAUAACCAUGCCUGAGGUUGCCAGUCUGGAGUAUCUGGGGAAUGCUGAUCUAAAAACCAUUGCAGGAGAUGAGAAGUCAUUUAAAGCUGCAGCUCUGUGGCAGAAGUCUGGUGCAGUGAUCAUGGCUGUACGAAGGCCUGGAUGAUUUUUGUGCAGAGAGGAGGCCAAUAGGCUGUCCUCUCUGAAGCCCCAGCUGGACAAGCUCGGGGUUCCUUUGUACGCUGUGGUCAAAGAGAACAUGGGUACAGAGGUUCAGGAUUUUAGAGCAUACUUUGCUGGAGAUGUCUUCCUGGAUGAGAGGCAAGUGUUCUAUGGUCCAGUCCAGAGGAAAAUGGGUGGUCUUGGAUUCAUUCGUCUUGGAGUUUGGCAGAACUUCAUAAGAGGCUGGAAGUCUGGUUACACAGGCAACAUGAAUGGAGAAGGCUUUGUCCUGGGUGGAGUGUUUGUCAUUGGAUCUGGCAAGCAGGGGAUCCUACUUGAACAUCGGGAGAAGGAGUUUGGAGACAUUGCCAGCACUGAGUCUGUUUUGGAAGCAGCUAAGAAAAUUGUCAUAGAGAAAUAAAUAUAUUUUUAUGUGAUUAUUGAGAGAUGAAAUGUAAGAUGAGCAAGAUGGAACAAAAUACUAAUAGAUGGUUACAAUUAUCAUACAACCAGUAUUUAAUAGAAGUACUAGAACAAGCAUUUCUACGUCACACCUCAUUUCUAUGCUGUGAAGGUAAAGUGACAUUAGAAUUACUGUUUGGCACAACAUGUUUACAGUUCUCAUUUUCAGGUCCUUUAUAGUUCAUUGUUGUUGCUGUUCUUCACUCGAUGUGGUUUCACUGACUGGCUGCUGGUGACUUGGUUUUUGUGUUUUUAUGAUGGUCUGACUUUAAACUCUCUAGUGAGUGAGCAGACUGGAAACCUAACACAUUUACCUGCCCACUAGUUUCCAGUUAGUGGACAACUAAUGACUCUAAAGCAAGUGAUGCAGUAAACUAACAGCUGAACAAAUUGUGUUGUUGUUUCUUUGUUCUUUGUAUGAUUGAUUGAUACUUUAGAUUAAAACUCUUACACACUU